AUGGGACUACGGAAAAUCACUAGGGCAAAGAAGAGCAAAAAGUCGGACGUCUUGGUGCCAUCCAAGCCUCUGCCAGUAACGCUCUUAUCCGGGUUUCUAGGGUCAGGCAAGACAACGUUACUACAGCACAUUCUAAAAAGUGACCAUGGGCUUCGUAUAGCUGUUGUGGUGAAUGAUAUUGGAGCUAUCAAUGUUGAUGCCUCUCUGAUACAAAAAACCCACCAUCUUACAAAAACUGAUGAAAAGAUCAUCGCGCUGCAGAAUGGAUGCAUCUGCUGUACUUUGAGAGGAGACUUGCUCGAGGAGCUUGUGCGCAUCUGUCAGCUUCAGCAAUUUGACUACAUCAUCAUUGAAAGCAGCGGCAUUAGUGAGCCAGAGCAGGUUGCUGAGACUUUCGACUCUCGCCUUGCAGAGCAGAUGAGCCUCUUGACUGAAGGCGAAGGCACUGCUGACCUUGACGAAGACAUGAUUAAGGUUUUGAACAAACUGAAGCAAGCUGGCGGGCUGGAAAAGUUCGCCCGUCUGGACACGACCGUGACGGUCAUUGAUGCAUUCACGAUGCUGAAUGACUUUGAUACGGCGGAUUUAUUGUCGGGGCGGAGGGAUGACGUUACUCCGGAAGACGAGAGAACUGUGUCGGACCUCAUGGUUGAUCAGAUUGAGUUUGCGGAUGUGAUUAUCUUGAACAAGAUUGAUAUGAUCAACGAUGAGACAAAAGCUCGGGUACUUGAUCUUGUUAAACAGCUGAAUCAUCGGGCCAAGAUCCUAGAGUCCAAGUAUAGCAAAGUGGACGUCAAAGAGCUGGUCAACACGGGCCUCUUCAAUCUCGAACAUGCGCAAUCUGGGUAUGGAUGGCUGCAGGACUUGCAUGCCAUGACUGUGCGCGAGGUAAAUGGCCGCAAUGUGGUAACUCCUAAGCCGGAGACGGAGGAGUAUAAUGUGCAAAGCUUCAUCUAUUCACGUUAUCGGCCUUUUCAUCCAAGGCGGCUCUUUGCGCUGUUGUAUGACAAGUUUAUCUUGCAGAUGGAGCAGCCUGACGAUGAUGACGAAGAAGACGAAGAAGAAGAGGAAGAUGGAGACGAAGGACAGUCUGACAGCGAGGAUGCUGAAAUGGUUGACUGCGAAGAUGGCGCAAGCACCAACUCGUCCUCAGAAGACAAGUCGAUUUCGACAUCUCCUUCUCAUUCCCCAUCAACUCCCGAUACUGGAGUGUCUUCUCAUGAUGAUGGCAAAGACACCAAUGAUAUGGACGUCGACGUCUUGAUGAUGCCCCCCAACGACGUCAUCCUCGCCAAGAAGCGUGCUCACCCAACACUUGCACGGCUCUUCCGCUCCAAAGGCGAAUUCUUCAUGGCCACACGACCUCACCGCGCCGGCGAAUGGUCUCAAGCCGGCGCCAUGCUCACUCUGACGGGAGGACGCUCCUGGUUCUGCACUUUGCCGGAAGAAGAGUACACGACGGGAAGCCCCGAUGUAGAUGCCUUGGUGAAGCAUGACAUUGCCAAGGGCGGCGAGUGGGGAGACAGGAGGCAGGAGAUUGUGUUUAUCGGAGAAGGGCUAGACCAUGAUGGCUUGGAGGAGAUGCUUGAUGCGUGUUUGCUUACGGAUGGGGAGUACGAGGAGUGGAAGGGAGUGAUGAGGAAGGAUGGGUUAGAGGAGGAAAAGAGGAGGGAGAUGUUGCAGGAGUUGUUUGAGGAUGGAUUUCCGGAUUGGAGCGGAGAUGAUGAUGAGGAAGGGCAUGAGGGACAUGAUCAUUGA